AUGUUGGUUUUGGCACCCCUUAUCUCCUUGGUGGCUGCGGUCGCGGCAUUGCAAAACCCGCACCGCAAGGCUCAGUCUUUCAGACAGCCUGCGAAUGAUCUGCGGAAAAGGGAGGUCUCCGCUUCCCCGGCUGAGCAUAAGUAUCUGAACGAGAAGACGCAAAAAUUCCAAGUGAAUGGUACUCACUUCCCUCAAGUCCCUUUUGACAUCGGCGAAAGCUAUGCCGGACUUUUAGAGAAUACGCCACAUGGAAAAUCGAGCUUGUUCUUCUGGUUCUUCCCAUCUACCAACCCAGCUGCGGAAAAGGAGAUUACCAUCUGGCUGAAUGGAGGCCCCGGAUGCAGCUCGUUGGACGGUCUGUUGCAAGAGAAUGGUCCUUUCCUGUGGCAAUCUGGAGUCUACGAGCCUGUGCGCAACCCGUACUCAUGGACCAAAUUGACAAAUCUGGUCUACAUCGACCAGCCUGCUACCACUGGCUUUUCCCCCGGACCAGCCGAUGUUACAAAUGAACUCGAAGUCUCAGAUCAAUUCAACGACUUCUGGGAGCGCUUCAUUGAAACAUUUAGUAUGGAGGGCUACAAGAUUUAUCUCACCGGAGAGAGUUAUGCUGGUCAAUACAUUCCGUAUCUGGCGGAUGGGAUGUUGAAGCGCAAGGACACCAAGAAUUUCAACCUCAAGGGUAUCCAGAUCAACGACCCAUCCAUUAACGAUGAUUCCGUUAUGAUCUAUGCCCCCGCCGUUGCAGCACUAAACCACUACUCCUCCGUCUUCGCCCUAAACGAAACCUUCACGAAAGAAAUCAACCACCGCGCCGACAAAUGCGGCUACACCAAAUUCCUAAACGAAGCUCUAACAUACCCCCCACCAAAGCAUUUCCCAACCGCACCAGACCCAUCCGAGCCUGGCUGCGACGUCUGGGACGAAAUCGUAAAAGCAGCAACCUACAUCAACCCCUGCUUCAACAUGUACCACCUAACAGACUUCUGCCCCUUCCUCUGGGACGAAAUGGGUUUCCCCUCGCUAGCCGGCGGACCAAACAACUACUUCAACAGCUCCGCCGUGCAAAAAGCCCUCAACGUCCCCCCAACAAACUACGAAGUCUGCGGCGGGGAUCUCUUCCCCAACGGCGAUCUUUCACCCCCCAGUGCCCUCGGCCCACUCCCCAGCGUCAUCGAGGCAACGAAUAACGUCCUCAUCGGCCAUGGCUGGCUUGAUUACUUGCUCUUCGCAAAUGGAACCCUCGCGACGAUCCAGAACAUGACUUGGAAUGGUGCGCAGGGGUUCCAGAAGCAGCCUGUCGCUCCCCUGUUCGUGCCGUAUACCACUACUCUCGAUCGUCUGGCUAAUGGUCACACUCAUAUACCAUGGAAUGCGGAUUCCGGGGCUGGUAUCCUCGGAACAGCGCAUACGGAGCGUGGUCUUACGUUCAGCUCGGUUUAUAAUUCUGGUCAUGAGAUCCCGCAGUACGCUCCUGGUGCGGGGUAUAGGCAAUUGGAGUUCUUGCUUGGGAGGAUUGAGAAUCUUCAGGAGAAGGGGCCUUUUACGGGGUUGUAA